AUGAUCUUCAAGGCCUUUUCCAACCGAGACGAUUCUGUGAUAGGACCGCCAGCCUGUCCAGGGGCCGGCAGAGGUCAGAGUCGCGCUGCAUCACACCUCACAACAGAGCCACCACGAACAGCUCAAGACAAUGGUACGAUCUGCUGUCGCUGCCGCCUCAGCUCUGCAAAAACGGAAUUUAAUAAAGCUCCGAUACGUGGCUCAGAGCGAGGUCACUAUUCCCCAGCCACCGGGAAAGCGAAAGGCAGCGGCACCCCUGCCCGCUGCGGUGCGGAACGUCCCGGGCACGGCGGAGCUCGCCCCGCACGUGCGGCGUGUCUAAAGUUAAAGCCUUUUAACGGGUGUGUGGAUCCCGGUCUCCGGCUGCGCCGUGAGCUGCCGGCAGCCGAUGCAUUGGACACUUUUGUGGAAACAACAAAAUUAGGAGUGGUCAUUUCUUUCAUAUUGCUGAAGAAAUCUAAUAGUUUCUCCAUCUUUCAGGAUCAAGCAGAACAGUUCUUCAGAAGUGGACAUACAAAUAACUGGGCAGUUUUGGUGUGUACAUCUCGAUUCUGGUUUAAUUAUCGUCAUGUGGCAAACACUCUUUCAGUAUACAGAAGUGUCAAGAGACUGGGCAUUCCUGAUAGUCACAUUGUCCUGAUGCUGGCAGAUGAUAUGGCAUGUAAUCCCAGGAAUCCCAAACCAGCUACUGUGUUUAGUCAUAAAAACAUGGAGCUAAAUGUCUAUGGAGACGAUGUGGAGGUGGAUUACAGAAGCUAUGAGGUCACUGUCGAAAAUUUCUUGCGUGUAUUAACGGGAAGAAUCCCACCAAGCACACCACGAUCUAAGCGUCUUCUUUCUGACGACAGGAGCAAUAUUCUGAUAUACAUGACAGGCCAUGGUGGAAAUGGUUUCCUGAAAUUUCAAGAUUCUGAAGAAAUCACAAAUGUAGAACUUGCUGAUGCCUUUGAACAAAUGUGGCAGAAAAGAAGGUACAAUGAAUUAUUGUUUAUUAUUGAUACUUGUCAAGGAGCAUCCAUGUAUGAACGAUUUUAUUCACCUAAUAUAAUGGCCUUGGCUAGCAGCCAAGUAGGAGAAGAUUCAUUAUCACAUCAACCUGAUCUUGCGAUUGGCGUUCAUCUUAUGGACAGAUACACAUUCUAUGUGCUAGAGUUUUUGGAAGAAAUUCAUCCAGCUAGUCAGACAAAUAUGAAUGACCUAUUUCAGGUCUGUCCAAAAAGUUUGUGUGUUUCCACGCCUGGGCACCGAACUGAUCUGUUUCAGCGAGACCCACAAAAUGUUCUGAUAACAGACUUCUUUGGCAGUGUGAGAAAAGUGGAAAUUACGACAGAGACAGUUUCUUUGGACAGUGACUUAGCUGGUUUUGAAAGCAACCUUCCAAAGGAUGAGUUGGCAACAGAACCACUAAAAUAUGCAGAACAACUUCCUGUAGCUCAGAUCAUACACCAGAAACCAAAACAAAAGGACUGGCAUCCUCCUGGAGGAUUUAUUUUAGGACUCUGGGCAUUGAUCAUCAUGGUUUUCUUCAAAACAUAUGGAAUCAAGCACAUGAAACACAUCUUCUGAAUUUGAGCAGGAUGACUGCUACUUUGGAUUCACUGGUGUCAUCCCGUUCUGUAUGUGUGUUAUGGUUGUAGUGAAAAAGUGUUGAGAUUUCACUUUUGAAGGUUCUUCUGAAGUCAUCUCUUCUGCCCCUUUCUCUGAAGAGUCUUAACAAAUGUUUUUAAUGUUAGACUCUUGUUUUACUUUGUCAUGUUUAAACAUAUUUUAAUGCUUUUCAGAGCAAUUUUUCUUUCUGGUUAAACUUAAAAAAGAGGGACCUAAACACAGGAACAGUAUUUCUGAGGUUGAUUGUGAAUUGUAAAUGGGCUAUUUUUUUCACUGUAUUUCAUAGUAAAUCUUAGAAGUAGUCAGCCUAUCACUAAAGAACUAGACAUUGGGCAGAACAUUAUUUAAGAUGUCAUUUUAUCAAUAAAAACUUAAGCUACUUUACAGACUUUGGCAUGACAUAUUGAAAGCUUUCUUCACAAAAAUAAAAAUACUCUAGAAUA